ACAGUGAAAGUCAGAGAAAAUGAGCAAAUGACACCCUCACCAAACUGCCUCACUUUCAGCACCUUUCAUUGCUGCUCUGAACAGACUGUGUGAGGUGGCACAGCUUGCACUGUUUAGGAGAGAGGCAACGUUCCCUGCUGUGGUGAAAACAAAAAGGGAAUUAAUGCAGAAAAAAAGAAAAGAGAGGAGUCUAGAGAGGAGGUAAUGGAGGCGAGGGUUGUUUGUUUUCAUAUGCUGAAUAUGAAAUAUGAAGAAGCAAGUUGGAAAACUUGAAGGAAAAAAAGACGGAGGGAGAGAAAGUUUGGCGCACAACCAAUCAGGAAUCAGGUACACACCCUCUCUGGCACUUUGUCCCUCCCUCCUCUUCUUCCUCGACCCCACCUCCUCCUCCGUCUGUGCUGUGUGAGAGCAUGCAGAUAGUUUGCUGUGUCUGUGGUGGAGUGUGAGAGGCCCAGAGAGCCGGCGAGAGGGGAGCUGAGAUCAGUUACAGCAGCAGUCAAGGCAAAGCAAACAGGAAAGCGAGUGAUCUGGGGAAGAGAGAGAGCGUAAAAGUAGUUCAGGUUGUGGAGAGAGAAGGGGUUUUGUCCAUCCAGAGGACAGUUUGGAAGACACAGGACAGGCAGUCAGGGGGGGCAGUGGCAGGAGGCAACAAGAGGCAGACAGACAGGGAACACCUGGACCAAGAAGGGCAUUGAGUUUCAGUCACAGGAAGCUUUUUUUAUUAGUUUUUACAGUCACUUUCUGUCAGCUUGACCGCAGAACAAAAAGCAGAAAGACUGCAGUUGUGCUUUCUGUGAUUUGAGACGAGCAUGUUUGACUGUAUGGAGGCUCUGGGGUUGGCCCCGCGGCCCCUCUUUGAUGUGUCCGGACAAGGCUCCUGCAUGCUCUCCAAAGCCACCCCUUACUUCUCCGGCCUGGACCCCUUUGCUUGGGCCGGGACUAGCAGCAUUCAGUCGGUGGAGACCCAGAGCACCAGCUCAGAGGAGAUGGUGCCCAGCUCUCCUUCACCUCCUCCUCCUCCUCGUGUCUACAAGCCGUGCUUUGUGUGCCAGGAUAAGUCAUCUGGUUAUCACUAUGGAGUGAGCUCCUGUGAGGGCUGCAAGGGUUUCUUUCGACGCAGUAUCCAAAAAAACAUGGUGUAUACCUGCCACAGAGACAAGAACUGUCAGAUUAACAAAGUGACCCGCAACCGCUGCCAGUACUGUCGGCUGCAGAAGUGCUUUGAGGUUGGCAUGUCCAAAGAAGCGGUGCGUAAUGACAGGAACAAAAAGAAAAAGGACGUGAAGGAGGAGGUGGUGCUGCCGGAGAACUACGAGCUGAGCGGAGAACUGGAGGAGCUGGUCAACAAAGUCAGCAAAGCUCACCAAGAGACCUUUCCAUCUCUGUGCCAACUAGGAAAAUACACCACAAAUUCAAGUGCUGACCACAGAGUACAGCUGGACUUGGGCCUUUGGGAUAAGUUCAGUGAGCUGUCCACUAAGUGCAUUAUAAAGAUUGUGGAGUUUGCCAAGCGGCUACCAGGCUUCACUACGCUCACCAUCGCUGACCAGAUCACCCUCCUCAAAUCUGCAUGUCUGGACAUCCUGAUGCUGAGGAUAUGCACUCGCUACACACCAGAACAGGACACAAUGACCUUCUCAGAUGGUCUGACUCUGAACAGGACCCAGAUGCAUAACGCUGGCUUCGGUCCACUCACAGACCUGGUGUUUGCCUUUGCUGGUCAGCUGCUGCCUUUGGAGAUGGAUGACACAGAGACGGGCUUACUCAGUGCAAUCUGCCUCAUCUGUGGAGACCGCAUGGACCUGGAGGAGCCACAGAAGGUCGAUAAGCUGCAGGAGCCACUGCUAGAGGCUCUGAAGAUCUACACCCGCCGCAGACGCCCCAACAAGCCUCACAUGUUUCCACGCAUGCUGAUGAAAGUCACGGACCUCCGAGGAAUCAGCACCAAAGGUGCAGAAAGAGCCAUCACACUGAAGACGGAGAUCCCAGGCCCAAUGCCUCCACUGAUUCGAGAGAUGUUGGAGAACCCCGAGGCCUUCGAAGACAGUAGUGACUCUGGGGACAGCGCCGCAGCCGCUCCCCCUGCCAUUCAAGCCAUCAAACAAGAGGACAAGUCCACAUAUGAGUCGACCGUUGAGGAGGAGGAGGAGGAGGAAGAGGACGACUACUGGGAUGAGGAGAAAGAGCGAGGGGCGGACAGUGACGGGGAGCCGAGUGGGGAGGUGGCGGCGGGUACGCAAAAGAAAGGUGGGGCUGGGAAAACGCAGUGACGAUGCUGCUUCCUCCUUCAGAUCGCUGAGCCCUCACCCAGCAAUAUCUCCUCCCAGAAACCUCACAGAAUUAGGCUCUUAUACAACAACGGUGUUUGCAUACAGCACGUUUACAUAUACUGUACAUGUUGACUGAACGGAAAAUGUGUUAGAUUCAGUAUAGGAAGCAAUGAGCGGGAGAAGCGAAAGCACUAAAUGUCAGUGGGUUGAGGAGAGAGCGGCAAGAAAAUUCACUGUGCCAAAAUGAGACUAAAAGAUAUUUCAAAAGUGUUUUGUCCACCUAAAGAGGAACAAGAGGUGGUGGACAGAAACAAAUGCACUCCUCCGCUAUCCAUAAGGGCUAGGCUUUGUAUAAAAUGAAUGGUAAGAAAAAUACAUCACAGCAAGAGAACUCUGUGUGGUGUUUACCGCAAACGUCUUCCCAGAAUUCCUUUUAUUAGUAUUCAGAGAUAUACUACUUAUUUUUUUAUUGUAUGUUUUUUUUUUUCUAAGCAUGUACACAUUUCUGUUUCUUUCUUUAUGCCUGUUUGUGGGAUACUUUGUUGCCUUUUUUGUAUAUUUUUCACUCAGUCCUGCUCACAUUUGACUGGACAUGUGUGCGUCUUUAAUUUUAUGCAUUUCAGCUUUAUUGGAAACAGCGGAAAAGCAAUAGCAAAGAUCGUAAAGAGAGCAAUAGCAAAAAGAGAGAGCAGGACUCAAAACUCACAAUGUGACAAGCACAUAGUAUGAAAUACCUGGUGGGUAAAACAUCUCAAAGAGAAGAAGAAGGAGAACUUUAACUGUAAUUUCAGCUCUGGUGCUUUUGAUCCAAAUCCUGACAAAGAAUGCGAACAUAUCUUCACGUCGCCACAAAAAUACAGACUUACAAAUCAUUAAAAAAAAAUAGUUUGACUAAAGAAUCUGCAGGGUAGAUUUAAUGUCAUCACACAAUCUCAGGUUGAUUAUAUCAGGGCCAUGUCUCACCUUUUAAUUCAGUAUUUUAAGAAAACUGUUGCUCUGGCAUGAUGCUCCUAUUUUCAACAACAAAAAAUAAAUAAAUCUUUGUACAUUAAGGAGUCAGGAUUAUUAAAAUUGUAGGUUUUCGAGCACAUGUCCUAGGUACAGCAACCAGGUACAGGUAAGCCAUAAUAUUUUCAUAUUGUAAGCAUGAGCAAAGAAUCCAAACAGACAGACACAAUCCUUAACAAUCAGUUUACUUCACAGAAAACCUCAGGUGUAUAUGUGUGUGUGCAUGAGUGUAAGUGAGAGCAUUUACCGAUACACAGAGUGAUGUUAUAGAGAUGAUGAUGUCGCUGUCAUUACCGCCAUAAUCCAUAUGCAGAGGUCCAAUUAGUAGCCCUGUUAAGAAACGCACAUAAAUAGAAGCAAGAAACUAAAUAACAAUGUCAAUUUCGCUCUCCCAAAGACUUCUGGUGGACAGUAGGACAUUGACCAAGACUCACGUGAUCAAUUGAGGUCGCAACCGUCCCAACAGCAAAGAAAACAAAAAGCUUUACAUUCGGUGACCUGUCUGCAAAAGCACAUGGCGAUAUUUUAAAACGAUGUGUGUUCAUUUGUGCUGUAUCUAAUGAGAUUUUGUAAAAUAAAUACUUAAUAAUUUGUUUUUCAUCGAGACCAUACAGCCUUUUUUUUUUAUGCAAGAUGUAUAAAAUUGUCAUUAUUCGUGUAAUGAAAGACAAUGUGAGUCUGACUGAACUCCUUAAUAAGCGGUAAGGGAAAAAGAUGUUGUUCUUCAUGGCAUGAAACAUUGCAGCGGUACAGCUGCAGCAGAUCUUUUGACUGGAGCCUGUCGAUAUGAGGCAUGCCAUGGGUUUCAACGAUGAAGCAAGUGUUCUCAUUAUCAUUUGUGGAGACAUUUACUCCCUGAAUGAAGCAGGAGAAAGAGAAGAAAACAGAUCCUACGUGUGACCUUUGUGUCUUUGACCAUUAUAGAAGUUCAUGAGGUCUCAGAUUUAAAAGCCAUCAAGGACACAGAAGUUGAUUCAAAUACUAAACAAUCAACACUGAUUGCCAUAAUGACGUUUUUAAGACUUUUCAGUUGUGAUUUGUGAUGUUACGGGAAGAAAACGUAACCGUAUAACUGAGGCAAAAGACAAGUUUUCAGUGUUUUUCACUGUCAUACACACACAUACACACACACACACGGUCAAUAUUUUGCACAUCAUCAGCCAAUUCUACAUAAUACGUAUGAUAUUUAAAGAUGUUUCUACAUCACAUAACCAUUUUCAUAACGUUGUUUUCCCUCUUUCUUUUUUAUCUAUUUUCUUAAACCUUCUUCGUUUCUUUUCUUGAAUUUGAGCUGGUGCAAUAAUUACGCCAUGGAAGAGGCUACAAAGACCUCAGCUCUAUAUGUAAGCAUGUGAGUAAAAAAAAUAAAAAAAUAAAAUAAAAAAACAGACCAAAGACAUAUAUUACAUCACAUUUGGACAGAACCAUUAAAUAAUAAAAAGUUCUAUGAAGCUCAUCAAUGUGAAAUAUAUUCACUUUGUAUCGUGUGAUAGAGGAGAUUUCAUGAAUUUACCUUUGAAGCUGGAACCAUCGUAUCUCUGUUACAUUUUGUUGUUGUUGUUGUUGUUGUUUUGUUUUUUUACUGAUGUCUUCCUUUUUUUUUUUAAUAAACACAGUCUUUGUCGUGUGCAGAUAACCUGUCUUCAUGUUCAGGGAUUCAGACGCCGCCUUGUGGGUUUUAGUUACUAUGUGGAAAAUAGCUCUGAUACACACCCACACACACACACACACACCUACGUGGAAAAUGGAAAAAACAAAGACUGGGCUGAUUUGUUCUCGGUUUUACAUUUGUACUUUUGCUUAUUUGUUGCUUUUGGUUGCUUAUUUGUGUAUUUGUUGUUGUCUUUCUUGUAUUUUGAUAAAGGCGCUUUUUGUUCUCAGA